CACGAUUCUCUUCUUUCCAAAAGAAUAAACACAAUCCUUUCUCAAGUGGAGGGUGGAGACUUCUUCAAUCAUAUUCUCAGAUUGUUUGAUUAUUUAAAUGAAUCCCUCCUCACCAGAAGCAUACCUAAAAUUCUCUAGUUUCCAAUACUCAUUUAAAAAAAAAAAAUUUGUUCUCAGUUCAAUCUCUCUCUGAAGGAAGAGAACAUAUUAAUUCGUCCAUGAAUGCUGCGUUGUAUCCUUGACAAGUGACAACUUGCCUCUUUUCUUUCCUCUGUUACCCAUUAUUUCAUAUGGCUUUAAAACUGACCUACCAAGCAAAGGACAUGAUUCAAUGCCUCUGCCCAUGAGUGCUAUUUUGCUUACAACCAACACUUCUUGUGCUUUUUCAUUGUUUCUUUGUGGUAAAGACUUUUGUUUAGAUUGGCUGGUUUUCUGCUCAAAUGAGUAAGAACCCAUUUCAGCAGAACCAUGAAACCAUGACAAUGUGUGAGCUUUUCAAGAAAUUCAAGCGCUUUAAACUGUUUGAGCCGUCUUUGGGAGUUCUGGGGUUCUUUCUUGUUGUGUUUUGUGUGAUUUGCUGCUUCUUUUAUUUGGAUUACAGGGCUGUGGCUAAAGGGUAUGCAAUUCCUGCACAAUCAGAGAGGUUCUUGUGGUUGGAAUUGAAUGGGUCGUCUAGUGAGAUUAAGAGAGUUGAGUUUUUGGGGGAGCAGGGGAAUGAUUGCAAUGUGUUUGAUGGUGAUUGGGUGUGGGAUGAAGGGUAUCCUUUGUAUCAAUCCAAAGAUUGCAGCUUUUUGGAUGAGGGGUUUAGGUGUACAGAGUAUGGGAGGCCUGACUUGUUCUACACCAAGUGGAGAUGGCAACCCAGACGUUGCAACUUACCCAGAUUUGAUGGGAAAGUAAUGUUGGAGAAACUACGGAACAAGCGCUUAGUGUUUGUAGGGGAUUCUAUUGGAAGAAAUCAAUGGGAGUCAUUCCUCUGCAUGCUUUCUUCUGCCGUUCCCAAUAAGGACUCAAUAUACGAAGUGAAUGGUAGCCCAAUCACAAAGCAUAAAGGUUUCUUGGUUUUCAUGUUUAAGGACUAUAAUUGUACUGUGGAGUACUACAGAGCUCCAUUUCUCGUCCUGCAAAGCAGGUCACCAGCUGGCUCUCCAGAAAAGAUUAAGACAACCCUGAAAUUGGACCAAAUGGAUUGGGACUCUAGCAGGUGGAGAAAUGCAGAUGUGCUGAUCUUCAAUACUGGGCAUUGGUGGAACUAUGAGAAGACCAUAAGAGGGGGGUGUUACUUUCAAGUAGGGACAAAAGUGAAGAUGGAGAUGAAGGUGGAACAAGCAUAUCGGAAGUCCAUAGAGACUGUGAUGCGUUGGAUACACAAUGAGGUAAAUGUGAGCAAGACCCAGGUCUUCUUUCGCACAUUUGCUCCUGUACAUUUCAGGGGAGGUGAUUGGAAAUCUGGAGGGAGCUGCCACUUGGAGACGCUCCCAGGGCUCAGAACAUCAUUGGUGUCAUCUCAAACUUGGGGACUAGUCAAGGUAGUUGGUGAUGUGUUGGCAACUUAUUCAAACACAUCACUGUCAACGGGACUUGACAUAUUAAACGUAACCCAGAUGACAGCACUGAGGAAAGACGGGCAUUCAUCUUUGUAUUAUUUGGGUCCCAAAAGCCCUGCACCACUGCAUAGGCAAGACUGCAGCCAUUGGUGUCUACCUGGAGUUCCUGAUGCAUGGAACGAGCUACUUUAUGCACUUUUCCUAAAGCAUGAUAAUUCUCGUACGUUGAACUCAUCAGUCAUCAACAACAUAUAAACUCCAGGUUCGAUUCAAGAACAAAGCCUCUAAGUUUAUACACCCGUCUCACUCCAGGUUCGAUUCAAGAACAAAGCCUCUAAGUUUAUACACCCGUCUCGAAGAUACAAGCUUUUUACACAGCAAUGAUGUGGUUUCUCCACAUUGAUCAAAAGAACAAUUGAAGAUACAGGUUCAGCCAUAAGGAUUAGGCGGGACUGGCAGAGUUAGGUGUUAGAAUUUAGAUUAUGGUUCCUAUAGAUUGUGGAACCCAAAUUUUCCAGCUGGUUAGGGGGCAUGGAUUCUAGGAAUAAAGCUUUGGGGACAAUUUUUACGGUGGUCAUUCUCUUGUGAUGAUAUCAUUGGUUCACCAAUGGAAAAAUGUAAUUAGCACAUUUUUGUUUAUAUAAUAUGUAUAAUGAGUGAACAGAAGGUCUAAUUCCAAGUUUGCUUAAUAUAUUGCAGCCAGUGAA